AUGGAUUUCCUGGUCUCCAGCCCUCUUUUGCUGUUCCUCUUGUCGAUUCCAUUUGUUACAUUCACAUAUCGCGUAAUAAUCUAUCCAGCCUUUAUAUCACCUCUGCGCAAAAUCCCCCCUGCACAUUGGACAGUCCCCUUUUCGCCUCUAUGGAUCUUGAUCGUUCGCCUGCAAGGAAGGGAGAACCGCGUCCUGCAUCUUGCCCACCAAAAGCUGGGUCGCUUUGUGCGCGUGGGCCCGAACGAGCUGAGCGUCAACGAUGCCGGCGCCGUGAGGACCAUCUACCAGGGUGGCUUUGAAAAGACGGCUUGGUACUCGAUAUUUGACAAUUAUGGCGUCCCGUGCAUGUUCUCGACGGUACCUGUAAAGGAGCAUUCUUUGAGGAAACGUAUGAUCUCCAAUGUCUACUCGAAAUCGUAUAUUCAGUCAAGUCAGGCCGCCAAGGCGCAGGCUGCCGCUAUCCUCCAUGGCAGACUAUUGCCCAUCUUGGAAGAUUCCACUGCAAAAGGCCGAGAACCACACGGUAUCGACAUCCACUCGCUGUUUCUUGCCGCAGCCAUGGACCUCAUCACGGCAUAUAUUUUUGGUCUGCGCCAUUCCACCGACUUCCUCCGGAAACAGGGCUACCGAGAGCACUGGCUGCAGCUCUACAAAGCCCGGGCCAACUACCCCUUCUGGCGUCAGGAGCUGCCGCGGUUCACCGAGCUCACGUCUCGUCUUGGGCUGAACCUCUACCCCAGCUGGGUCGACGACUGCAACAGAGAGCUGGGCCAGUGGAACCAAAAGCUUUGCAUCACGGUACUGGCCAGCGGCGUGAUCGGGGAGGAGACGAAGCCGGCGGACGAGCCGGUCGUGACCAAGGCGAUGCUGGCAGGGCUGGACAAGGAAGCGCAAACCAACGGCGACAAGUCCAUCCUCUACCCUACCGCCCUUCAGCACCACGACUUGUCUGUGGCGUCGGAGCUGUUCGAUCACAUCCUAGCCGGACAGGAAACCGCUGGUAUCACGCUAACCUACCUCGUCUGGGAGCUCUCUAGAGACCAGGCCCUGCAAAAGAAGCUGCAGUCAGAACUCCAAACAUUAGACCCGGGUCUUGGGAAACGGCGAGACGAGGCGGGGCAGUGGACGGCGGGGACGACGGACGACGGCGCCAUUCCGGACCUCAAGGCGCUCGACUCGCUGGAGCUCCUCCACGCCGUGCUCAUGGAGACGCUGCGGCUGCACGCGGCCAUUCCCGGCCCGCAGCCACGGCAGGUGCCGUAUCCAUCCUGCCGCAUCGGGCCGUACGAGGUGCCGGGCGGUACGCGGGUUUCGGCGCUCGCUCACACGCUCCACCGCGAGCAGGCGGCGUUCCCUGAGCCCGAGGUGUGGGACCACAAGAGGUGGUUGGGGGCAGACGAGGAGACGAGAAAGGUGAUGAACAGGCAGUUUUGGGCGUUUGGGUCCGGUGGGAGGAUGUGCAUCGGGUCAAACUUUGCUAUGAAUGAAAUGAAACUCAUCACCGCGGCAAUAUAUUCCAACUACACAACUCACAUUGUCGAUGAUGCCGGCAUCGAACAAGACGAUGGAUAUAUUGCUGGGCCCAAGAGCGGGAGGCUGUGGAUUAGGCUGGAGCCUUUGGUGUGA